UCCUUUGCUGUGCUGCAGUACUGGGAGACAGUCGGAGCUGGUCGAGCGCUGAACAGCCAGUCUGUCGAAUAAAAGAAGCUAGCCGUUCCAGUUUGGGGAAACAACUGCAAGAGACCUCACAAACUGGAUUGUGUGUUUUGGUGAGGAAAAGAAGAGAGAAAAUAAGAAGACGACAUGCAUUGCUACUGGAUACACAGCAUCUGGGUCGUGGGAUUUCUUUUCCUGUUUGGAUUUCAAGGACUGCCUGUCAGAAGCGUGGAUUUCCAACGAGCCACCGACAACAUCACUAUUCGCCAGGGUGAUACAGCGAUACUCAGGUGCUAUGUUGAUGACAAAGUAUCAAAAGUUGCCUGGCUGAACCGCUCCAACAUAAUCUUUGCUGGAGAGGACAAGUGGUCCCUGGACCCCCGAGUGGACCUGGUGACGAAGGGACAGCUGGAGUACAGCCUCCGGAUCCAGAAAGUGGAUGUGUACGAUGAGGGAGCGUAUACCUGCUCCAUUCAGACAAAGCAGCAACCCAAGACGUCUCAAGUGCACCUCAUUGUUCAAGUUCCUCCAAUGAUCUUCAACAUUUCUUCAGACAUUACUGUUAAUGAGGGCAGCAACGUGACCCUGAGGUGUUUAGCCAAUGGGAGACCAGAGCCUUCGAUUAAUUGGAGACAUCUCAGUCCUUUAGACAGAGAGCAGCAGACAGAUCAUGAGAUUAAUCUGUUAGUCCUGCCCAAGCUUAAUAGGGACCAAGCAGAGUCAAGCGAUAAGUAA